UUGGUCAUAUGAUAGACAUUUAAAAAACCCUCAUUCUGUGUUAGAUCUUGCGCCAGGAAAUUAGUUGAUCUUAAUCCAGUCUUUUAUUUUUCACUGGAGGAAAAACGUGCACAGCGUCAUUAAAUCUCAAACAUGUGCCAGGUCUUCAGAAUGUUUACUGUUAGAAACUAAACUGAGAACACCUUUUUAAAGGCGCCCAGAUCAGGUGGGAAGGUGAGAAACGCUGGGCAUCGUGCCUGGAGAAUAAGAAGGGGAUUCCUAGCUUCGGCUUAUUAAUUGGCGUUUGGGGCGCUCCCGAGCACUGUUUUAUUUCCAGCUGGUGGCUGAACGAGGUGCAAGAGCUGCCCUCUUUCUGAGUUAAUUACGUGCUGAAAGUGAAGGUGGCAGCGGCCAGAGCGCCCUUCCCCCUCCGGGCUGCAGGCUUCAUCCCGACGUGUUCGGGCCGCAUCCUGCGCCCUGACGCUCUCCAGAGAGCGCUCACGGACGAGGGCGGGCCUCGCCUGCUGCAGGUGAUCCCAGGCCGUCCUCGCGGCCCGGAACCCAGGGGCCGCGCCUCGGGAGGCUACCGGAGGCAGGUCGGGCCCGCGGGGGUUUGGAGACGGCUGGCGCCGCGCCCGCCGAUGGCUCUCCCGGGCCCUGAGGCCGCGCCUCCUCCCGGAACAGGCAGGCGCGGCGCGGCGGCAGCACGGCCGCCGAGCGCCGGAGCCAUGGAGGACCUUCCCGCGGGUGGGGCCCGGCCGGGGCGCGGGGCGCCGGAGGAGACCCCUGGAGUGUCCCCGACCCCAUCGUUGCACGGGGCGCCGCCGGCGGAGCAGGCCGAGGAGGACCUGGAGCCCGGCGAGCCGCGGGCCGGCCCGAGGAGCCGCACGGCGUCCCUGGUGAGCGGGCUGCUCACCGAGCUGUACAGCUGCACCGAGGAGGAGGAGGCGGCCGGCGGGGGCCACGGGCCGGGGGGGCGCCAGCAGCGCCGCGACAGCCUCGACAGCUCCACGGAGGCCUCGGGCUCUGACGUGUUCCUGGGCGGCCGCGGCGGCGCCGGCGACUCCCGCGUGCUGCAGGAGCUGCAGGAGCGGCCAAGCCAACGGCACCAGAUGCAGUACCUGCGGCGGAAAGACACUAAUGAACUGAAGGCAAUCCUUCAGGAGCUAAAGUACAGAAUUGGCAUUCAGUCGGCAAAGUUACUUCGGCAGCUGAAGCAGAAAGAUAGGCUUCUGCAUAAAGUACAGAGAAACUGCGAUUUUAUGACCGCGUGCUUGCAGGCCGUGUCACAGAAGAGAAGAGUUGAUACAAAGUUGAAGUUCACUCUUGAGCCAUCUUUAGGUCAGAAUGGUUUUCAGCAGUGGUAUGAUGCUCUCAAGGCCGUUGCCAGACUAUCAACAGGAAUACCAAAGGAAUGGAGAAGAAAGGUUUGGUUGACUUUGGCAGAUCAUUAUUUGCACAGUAUAGCCAUUGACUGGGACAAAACCAUGCGUUUCACUUUCAAUGAAAGGAGUAAUCCUGAUGAUGACUCAAUGGGAAUUCAGAUCGUCAAGGACCUUCACCGCACAGGCUGCAGUUCUUACUGUGGCCAGGAGGCUGAGCAGGACAGGGUGGUGCUGAAACGGGUCCUGCUGGCUUAUGCCCGGUGGAACAAGAAUGUUGGGUACUGCCAAGGCUUUAACAUCCUGGCUGCGCUGAUUCUGGAAGUAGUCGAAGGCAAUGAAGGGGACGCUCUGAAAAUUAUGAUUUACCUUAUUGAUAAGGUGCUUCCUGAAAGCUAUUUUGUCAAUAAUCUGCGGGCAUUGUCUGUGGACAUGGCUGUCUUUAGAGACCUCUUGAGACUGAAGCUCCCGGAGUUGUUUCAGCACCUGGAUAUUCUUCAGAGAACUGCAAACAAGGAAAGUGGAGGUGGAUAUGAGCCCCCGCUCACGAAUGUCUUCACAAUGCAGUGGUUUCUGACUCUCUUUGCUACGUGCCUCCCUAACCAUACAGUUCUAAAGAUUUGGGAUUCAGUCUUCUUUGAAGGCUCAGAAAUCAUCUUAAGGGUGUCGCUGGCUAUCUGGGCAAAAUUGGGAGAUCAGAUAGAAUGUUGUGAAACAGCAGAUGAAUUCUACAGCACCAUGGGGCGCCUUACCCAGGAGAUGCUAGAGAAUGACCUUCUGGAAAGCCAUGAACUCAUGCAGACUGUUUAUUCUAUGGCUCCAUUCCCUUUCCCGCAAUUGGCAGAGUUGAGGGAAAAAUACACCUACAACAUUACACCAUUCCCAGCCACGGUCAAACCCAUCUCCAUUUCUAGACGACAUGGUAAGGUCAGAGACAGUGAUGAGGAGAAUGAUCCAGACGAUGAAGAUGCUGUUGCUAAUGCAGUGGGGUGUCUUGGACCUUUCAGUGGACUCCUGGCACCUGAACUCCAGAAAUACCCAAAGCAAAUUAAAGAACCAAACGAAGAGCAGAGUCUGAGGUCUAAUAACAUAGCAGAGCUGAGUCCAGGAGCGAUCAAUUCGUGUCGAAGCGAGUACAACGCAGCUCUGAACAGCAUGAUGAUGGAACGCAUGACCACUGACAUCGACGCGCUGAAGCGGCAGUAUUCUCGCAUCACGAAGAAACAGCAGCAGCAGGUCCAUCAGGUGUACAUCAGGGCAGACAAAGGGCCAGUGACCAGCAUUCUCCCAUCUCAGGUAAACAACUCUCCAGUUAUAAACCACCUUCUUUUAGGGAAAAAGAUGAAAAUGUCAAACAGAGCUGCCAAGAAUGCUGUCAUCCACAUCCCUGGUCACACAGGAGGCAAACUAUCUCCUGUCCCCUACGAAGACCUCAGGACGAAACUCAAUUCUCCCUGGCGAACUCACAUCCGCGUCCACAAAAAGACCAUGACGAGGACGAAGAGUCAGCUGGGCUGCGGGGACACCAUCGGGCUGAUAGAGGAGCAGAACAAGGGCCGCAGGAGUGACAGCCUGGGGGCAGGAGAGGCGUUCUCCUCAGACUGCGCGGCGACAGCUCCGCGACAAGGCAGCGGCUCGGAUGGUGGCCCGGGGAGGACAGUGGAAGGGCAGUCCCCGGAGCCAGCGUUUGCCGAUGCCGGCACCGAUGUGUCUGCUGUCCAGGUGAAGUUAGAAGCCCUGGAACUGAACCAAAGGGAUGCCGUUGCUGAGCCCCAGCCCAUGGUGUGCCCGCCCUGCCCGCGGCACCUCCCAGAGCUGCCCCGUGCGUCUGGAGAAAACCAAGUCGCCAGCAAACCGCCCCCCGGCAGCCACCCCAAGACACCCAUCUUUAGCCCCUUUCCCAGCAUCAAGCCACUGCGGAAGUCAGCCACCGCCAGGAAUUUGGGGUUGUAUGGUCCCACAGAGAGAACCCCGACCGUGCACUUUCCUCACAUGAGCAGAAGCUUCAGCAAAUCCAGUAGUGGAAGCAGUGGCAGUAAGAAACGGUGAUGUCUCCGAAAUGGAAUCUAGAUUCACCUUUUCUUGGUGGAAUAAGGGUUCCAGCAGGAUGGCUCCAAGAGUGUCAGUUGUCCAGUGGAAAUGAAUAGAUAGGUUCAGCAAUGCGCAACAGUCCAUUAAAAUGGGAAUUGGAGUUUUAUAAUGGGAGGUAGAAUAGGGAUGUUUUCCCAUCCACUUAUAACAGACACAGUGGAUUUUUGUGGCAAAAUAAAUCUUGUGGUUUUAAAGUGUGAAGUUUUUCCAGGUUUUCACUGUGAACUGUUUAGAAAAGACUGUGUAUCUGAACUGUUACCCUCUCUUCCUUCCUCCUGUUCUGAGGGCCUGCACAGUCCCUGUGACAGCACCCCCAGCCUUCCAGUUUUCUGGGUGUUAUUGAUACUCAAGCAUGCACACACUAGCUUGCUAGAACAGAAACUGUAAAAAGAAAGCAAGUUUCUUCGUUGCAAAAAAAACUUCCUGAUUGUCCUCUUCAUGUCCUGUUGGGGAGAAUGUUUGUGUGUGUGUGUGUGUGUGUGUGUGUGUUUCUUCAGCAGUUUCUUUCAACCAGCCUCGAAAUUGUUUUUAUUCUGAUGCUAAAGUGCAGGAGAAAAAUCCAGAUAGCCUUUCUCUCAUUUUCUAUUUCUACCUGCAAAAUGAAGACCUGUAUCUGUUGAAAUUUAGGUUGAUCAUGAACUUGAAGAUCUUAUGCAGAAAACACAGAUGGGAUGAGCACUAAAUAAUUGCUCUGAGCAGCUUGCUGAUUCCUCUAAGCUUUUCCUGAGGUUCCCUUUCUCCUCGUAAGGAAGUUUUGGUCCUCAGUGUUAGGAUGGCUUGAUGAGCUCUACGUGGAGCACGUCCUACCUCCUCCACCAUGCAGCUCGUUUCUCUACCAGCUUUCCACGGCAGAUGCAGUGAUGCCUUUGCUCCAAAGCCAGAACAUAGCAACUGCAGCUUUUUACUUGAAUUUUGUGCUUUUUUGAUUGGGUACUCUGUUACUUGAACACCGCCUUUCUCUGGAGAAGGCUUUUGUGCUCUCUAGCCCCCUCUCAUCCACUCCUUCCCCUGCCCCAGCGGGUCAGAGGCAGCACUCUUAUUUCCACUACACAGAUGGGAACUGAGCCACACAGAGGUGAAGCAACGCUUCACACACUCAAGGUAAAUAUUCCCGGUAUUCAAUGUGACUUAGCCACAUCUCCUCCAGAGCAGUCGGUGUGGGUUCAAUGCUUUUUGUGCUCAGAAGGAUUGUCUGUAUAGGUUCUGAAAAACCAAGACUGGGAAGCCAUUCAUUCACUACAUUCCCCCCUGACUCACAGGACCUUUCUCCAGGUGCUGGGGAGUCCUGUGAUGGUGUUUCACAGAACCAGAUUCCCUGCAGAUGUAGUUCAUUUAAAAAAUGCUUUCUGCAACUGUAAUUCAGCUGAACAGAAAGCUCUUUCCUCAAUCUGUGGCUCCCACCAUCAUUAGAAGAAUAGACUCAGCAUCUUUAACCUCAUCUCUGGAAGAGCGUGUUCAUGCUUGCAGGCAUAUUGUUGAUGCAGUCCGUAAUAAUUUGGGCUGCUUGGAUUGCUAAUCCUGAAGCCAAAACUACAGUUUUAGAGAGGGCUUUUACUAUGAGAGGUAUUAAUUUUCAUAAUAAAAUAGACUAUCGUUGCAUGGGCUUUUUUGAACAGACAACACAAGAAUGACAUAUACAGUGAGAAAAGCCAUUUUAUCCCUUUUUUGGUAUUUUUAUCCCCCAGGGAACCGAAGAUGGGAAAUGUGACUGAAAAGUUAUUGCAGUUUGGGUCUUGAAUUCUGUGCCAUUUGAAGUUAGCAUGUAGCUUCUUAAAAAGCAGCCACACCCACAGCCUGGUCUUGGGAAGGGUGUAGGUUUGAGUUGGGCUCACUUUGAAUACCGCCCUUGGGAGGAGACCCAUUGCAUUUUCUAAAGUUAGGCAAGUGUCAUGAUUUUCUUCCAUCUGCUAAACCUACAGAUAAGAAUGAUUCCACCGUAUAUUCUUCUCUCCUCGCCUGUCCCAAAGGAGUCAGAUUAGUCAUGUUCCCCUUGAGGAUUGUGUGACUUGAAUAGAGAAUUGUUCUUUUCUCUCGAGUCAGCUCACAGCUCUCUGAGGGUCUGGGUUCAGGGAGAUGGGUAAUGGGGUGGAGGCCACUCACUACAGGCCCUGGAAUUGUGCCAUUGCUGUCUGCCAGUGGUCUGGGGGUAGCACAUGCCUUCCUUUUCACCAGCGCUGCUCUUCCUGAGAAAGGGGUGGAUGAGAUUGCACAUAGUUUAGGAUGAGUGUUUGUUGAAUGAAUGAAUAACUCAAAGGAUGAUAGUCCUUUGUGGUAAAAAUGAUCUUGUCAGGAUUUUAAAAGCUGACAGGUUCCUAUUAGAGCACUCUCUGUACCAGUAAUGUGCAUGCAUUGUACUGUGUAAUCACAAUGUGGAUUGGUCAAUUUAUGAUCCUUACCUACCUUAAAAAAUAAAUCUGCAGUAGUCUACCACAUAGCAUGUACAAAGACCCGUAUGGACUCGUCAUCUUCCCUGUGUAUUGGACACUAUGCAAGCACCAGAAGUACUUACCAAGUAGCCGUUUCUUUCUUUUUAGAUAUGUCUAUACCUGUUGGCACCAACACCAGCAGUUGACUCUUUGCAUUGCCUCUGCGCCUCAGUCCUCUUACAGAAGCCUCCAGAUGAUUUAACCUAAUGUGUCAUGUUGGCCUGUGGGCUGUAACUAUUGGGAACAUUGUAUUCCUUUUCUUGUGUCUCUUGUUGCUCUGAAGAACUGUAUUGAUUACAAAGAUACAUGUAUAAAGAUUCUUAUUGUUGUAGCUGUUGUGCCAUUUUCUCUCCUAGCGGCUGCACAGAACACUAUUGUGACAUUCCCUUCCCCUGCCUCUUCAGCGUGUCGCCCACCACCCCCCUUGGUCACCUGAACCAGGGACACAGCCCAGCAGGCUCCUUUCCUGCAGACUCAUCACUGGGUUGCAGUGGCCUGUGACCUGCUGAGAACUUGGCAGUAUAGUAGGUUCCUGAAUAUGAGUAAGCAGAGAGUUUGAGAAUGUGUGUGCGGAUAUCUGUGUGUGUAUGAAAUUAACCUUUAGAUCUGUCAUUUUCCUUUGCUUCAGUGAAAUAGAAAAAUUAAAAUGUAGUUUAGCUUCCUGGUUGUACGGAUUCUAAAUGAAGAGAUCUGUGAUCAGGUGUACAGCUGCUGCUGUCUCCCCUCCUAACAUCUGUUACUGUUUCUGACCCACUUUCUCUGAUCCCUACCACAAUGAAAAUCAAGGCAGCAUUUAAAAUACAUUAUUUUCCCUAAGUAGAAAAGUAACACAUGCUUUAAGAAAAUACAGAAAACAGCACAAGGAAUCACUGGUACUCUGCUAUGGGUCUUUCCAAAAUGUUCUUGUAUGUGUGCAUGUGUGUGUAUGCACAUCAUUAGCUACAAAAAGGUAUAUUGAGCAAAUGAGUCUAAACUGUCUUUCUAGUAAAUGCUCUAAUGCAGCAUCAUUUUCAGUGACUAGUAGUCCAUCAUAUGUUCGUGACAGAAUUCACAUAGCCAGUACUUUGUCAGGUGGUUUUUUAUUUUAGGUAGUAACUGGAGAGGGCAUCCUAAUAUUUACCCCUUUGUGCACAGCCUUAACUAUGUUCUCAGGGUAUGUACAUUGAGGUGGAAUUACUGGGUCAGAAAGUAUGCAGAUUUUAAAGUAUACAUAUUGCCAAAUUACCAUUCAUAAAGGUUGAACUUACUUAUCCAAGCAGUGAACAGGAAUGCCAGUUUCUCUAUUUCCCUGGAAGAGGCAGCAGUUUUUUUUUUUCUAGGACCUCCAGUGUUGAUAGAAGCAAUGACAAUGGACAUUUAUAUCUCAUUCCUGACUUAAGGCAACCAUUGACUAAGAUAUUUGCUGCGAUUUCUGGUAGGUAUCCUUUAUCAGGUGAAGGAAAUUACCUUUUAUUCUUUGCUCCUAAGGGAUUU